CGGGCGGCGGCGCGGCUGUGGCGGCGGCUGGCUGGAUGCGAGACCUGCGCGGACCGGGCGGCGGCGGCGGCGGCGGCGGCGGCCGGCGGCUCCCGACUCGGGGAAGCCGAUCGCGGAGGGGACGAGCCCGAACGCGCUGGCCAUGGCCUCCAACUUUAACGACAUAGUCAAGCAGGGCUACGUGAAAAUCCGCAGCAGGAAGCUGGGGAUUUUCAGACGAUGCUGGUUGGUUUUCAAGAAAGCUUCUAGUAAAGGACCCAGAAGGCUGGAGAAAUUUCCAGAUGAAAAGGCAGCGUAUUUCAGAAACUUCCAUAAGGUAACUGAACUGCACAACAUCAAAAAUAUAACCAGACUGCCUCGAGAGACAAAGAAGCAUGCAGUAGCAAUUAUCUUUCAUGAUGAAACGUCCAAGACAUUUGCCUGUGAGUCAGAGCUGGAGGCUGAAGAAUGGUGCAAACAUCUCUGCAUGGAGUGUCUGGGGACACGGCUGAACGACAUCAGCCUUGGGGAGCCCGACCUUCUGGCAGCUGGAGUACAGAGAGAGCAGAAUGAGAGAUUCAAUGUAUACCUUAUGCCUACACCAAAUCUGGAUAUUUAUGGCGAAUGCACAAUGCAGAUCACUCAUGAGAAUAUCUAUCUCUGGGAUAUCCACAAUGCUAAGGUCAAACUGGUGAUGUGGCCUCUCAGCUCACUGAGGAGAUAUGGACGGGACUCAACGUGGUUCACCUUUGAGUCAGGAAGAAUGUGUGACACAGGAGAAGGACUAUUCACUUUUCAAACAAGGGAAGGAGAAAUGAUCUAUCAGAAGGUCCAUUCUGCGACACUGGCCAUAGCUGAGCAGCAUGAAAGAUUAAUGCUAGAAAUGGAACAGAAAGCCCGGCUUCAGACAAGCUUGACUGAGCCAAUGACGUUAUCCAAAUCGAUAUCUCUUCCUCGUAGCGCCUACUGGCAUCACAUCACCCGUCAGAACAGUGUUGGAGAAAUCUACAGUUUGCAAGGUCACGGCUUUGGUUCGUCCAAGAUGUCACGCGCACAGACGUUUCCCAGCUACGCCUCGGAGCAGAGCGAAGAGACACAGCAGUCUUUGUCCCGGUCGAGCAGCUACGGGUUCAGCUACAGCUCCAGCCUCAUUCAAUGACACUCAGAGAGCCUGCUGACCAGAGACACAGUCUGUCCGGACCUGCUUGCAGGGUCACUGCACCCUCUGCCUCCUGGAAGACCGAUCGCAGUAACAUUGACAUGGGCCGGGUGUAGCCCAAUCCCAGUGGAAGGUUAAACACUGGAGUUCUGCUUCCUUGACUC